UUAUGAUCAUAUGGUUGCAAUUAUAAAACAUGCCCUCAGAAAUGGACUAGACAAAGAAUUUGAGAAAAUAAGUCUGGACCUUAAGCGAUCUGCGUAUCAUUCACCUUGUCAAAACUUUCCCCAUCUUUAUUGCCGCAAUAAAGAAAUUAUUUUGUCCAAACUCCAACGUCCACUUUUAACGCCUAUUAUGAAAAAAGAUGUGUUGUCAACUCAGAUAGCACCUAUUGUGCCAGAUCUUAUGAAUAUAUGUUUUAAAUUGGAGCUAGCUGGGAUAGGUUUGGGAAAAGAGGAGACCACACUUCUUUUACUUUCAUUAAAAAAUUUGGCUAUUUCUGAGCCCAUUCGCUCUAUGAGGUUUUGGGGGAAGGUUUAUGGAAUGCAAAAAGAUUAUUACAUUGUCGAAGCUGAACUACAAGAAGACGCUUAUUUACAGGAGUUUAAAACAGAGUUAGCAAUGGAUAGCGAUUCUUUUGCUAAAAAGAAAGGAGAUCUUGAAAUGAUAGAAGCCAAAUUGGAUAAAAAUGGUGAGCUAAUGGAAGAAUUGCCAAAAUCAUUUUGGAAGCCUCCUAUUCCUAUUCCCCCAGAACCUUAUGGUACAGGAGCCAACAAAAAAGUCUAUUAUGUUUGCAAUAUUUUGGGAGAGGCGUGGACACGACUUCCUCUUGUGACGCCUUCACAGGUGAGAUAUUUUAUUGAUGCUAUGCUAAUAUCAAUCGCCAGACAAAUAAGGAUCUUAUUUACUGGAAAUCUUGAGGCAAGAUUGUCAACAUAUCCUUCGUUUCCCGGACUAGAGAAGAACUAUCUCCGAGCCCAAAUAUCUCGAAUCACCAGUACGACGGUUAUAUCACCACUGAACUUCUAUCAGUUUGAUGAGGAUACGGAGGAGGCUGCUGAGGAAGAGGCCAGUGGAAGAGAGACAUUUAUAGAGAAUCCGCAAUUCGAGCCUCUAAAUUGCAUUGAGCUCUCAGAUCCCGGCCUAAACAAUUGGGUUCAUCACACCUCCUACCUUUUGCCUCAAGGCCGAACUACCUGGUUAACAGUGCUAUUCAAUUCUGUUUCAUUUGAACAAAUUCCAUUCUAA